UUGAAGGUUUUUUGAUUUUAUUAUACGGUCAUAAAUAUUUGGAUGUUUUUGUUAAAUGGAUGAAAAUUAACCUUUAAAAAAUCCUCCAAAUAUUUGUUUGAGUAAAAGUAAAGGAAUAGUGCAAAUUUAACCAUUAGAUUCAAAAUAAUUACGUGUAUAGCAACAUUUUAAUAAAUUUGCAAAUAUAGUAAAACUUGUCAAAUUCUAAUAAUGAUAGAUGUUGCAAAUAUUGAUCUAUCAGUAAUAAAUCAUACGAGUCUAUUAGUGAUACAAGUCUAUUAACAAUAGAUUUUGCUAUAUUUACAAUUUUUUUUAAAAAAUAUUACUAUACACCUUAUUAUUAUUUCUAAAAUGGUCCUUUUUACUUCUGAUGGAAUAAAAAACGUGAAUCUUUAUUUUGGUGAAAUUUAUAAAAAAAAAAUGAUAAAAAAGAAAAAAGAAAUGGGGAAGCCCUUUGAGGACAAUAAAAGUGAGGCCAUGGGGAUCACUGAGUCAAAAUUUGUACGUGGAGAGUUUAGCUUUAACAUCUGCAACAUAUGCUUCAGCCAUUGGCUGGAGAGGAUGAACAUAGGAACAAUGCGAGGGAAGGCUAAAGUGAUGGGAACAUUAAUAGGAAUAGUUGGGGCCAUGAUUCUCACAUUCUACAAAGGCGUGGAACUUCAUCCUUGGUCUACUCGGGUCGACCUUUUGCAUAAAGGUCAUAAUUCCACUGAACACGUGGCCCCAACAGAACAUACAAUUCAUAGUCAUGUGUUGGGGAGUGUGAUGGGUGUUGGAAGCUGCUUCUCUUAUGCUUUAUGGCUCAUCGUCCAGGCAAAAAUGAGUGAAUGCUAUCCAUGCCACUACUCAAGUACAGCAUUAAUGUGUAUGAUGGGAUCCGUUCAAGCGGUUGGUUUUGCUCUGUGCGUCGAAACUCAAUGGAGUCGUUGGAAAUUGGGUUGGAAUAUCAGGCUUCUUUCUGUCGCAUAUACAGGGAUCGUGGCUUCAGGAGUGAUGGUAACGUUAAUAACAUGGUGCGUACGAAUCAGAGGCCCAAUGUUUGUAUCAGUCUUCAGCCCUCUAAUUCUAGUUCUCGUUGCCAUAGCUGCCUCCUUGUUUCUACAAGAAAAACUCUACUUAGGAUGCGUGGUUGGAGGAAUGUUGAUGGUGUGUGGAUUAUAUAUGGUACUAUGGGGUAAAAGCAAAGAAAUCAGAAAGAUAACACAAUUAGCUCCCAUGGAAAGCAUUGAAGAGCAGCUGCAGCAGCUGGGUGGUGAAGGGAUAGAUUUGGUCAUUUCCUCUCCAAUUACUCCAUUGUCCAAAACUCAUGUCACCAAUAGUCAGCAUAAUAAUAAUAGUAAUGUUCCACAUUCCAACAAUUAGAAACCAAUAAACACUUGUAAUCUUGUAUAUUUUGAUAUUCCAUCAUGUGUUUUAGACAAAAAAAAAGUGUUGAACAUGUACUGUUGUAAAGAUAUAAAACCAUAUUUCCCCCUCCUCA